UGGAGUAGAUGUCAAAGUCCACAUAUAUUUUUUAUUGGGUAAGAACCAAGAAGUUAGAAGAGGUUCCAAAAACACUAUCCAUUUCCCCGCCAAACACUCAAACAGAGCAAGCAAGUACCAAGGAUUGAGGAGGUGGGUCCGGAGUAAGACGAUGACGGUGGUCGGAAAUCCCAUCGCCGCCGCUCUCACUGGUGGGUCAUUGCCGGAAUCGACUUCUCUUCAAAGUAGAAGAUGGAAAUUAUUGGCUGCCAAUUAUUCUAUCCGCGGCAUAUAUCUAGAUUUAAGAAGCUAUAACAAUCGAAGUCCACAGAGAAUAAAAUGUUCUAAUGUUGAGGUUCCUGAGAAGUUCAAGCGUGAUAGCACUUAUGUUGACAGACGAGGCAAACUCAGAAGCUUCAAUCGCAAAAAGUUGUCUAGGAAACGAUGCGGUGGUUUAAGGGGACGUGGAUGGAAAUUUGGUUCUGGAUUUAUUGAUGGGAUUUUCCCGGUGCUUAGCCCUAUUGCUCAGAAAAUACUGGAACUUGUAGAGAAGGAAGCAGAUAGUGAUAGAAUUUGGAGCGUUCUUGACACCCUUCCUCGAACACAUUCCACUUGGGAUGACAUUGUCAAUGUAGCUGUACAACUACGCUUGAACAAAAAUUGGGAUAAAAUUCUGGUGCUGUGUCAUUGGAUAUUGCACGGGAGCUCCUUCAAACCAGAUGUGUUGAGUUACAAUUUGAUGAUUGAUGCUUUCGGACAGAAAUUACAGCAUAUGAAGGCAGAAGAAACAUAUUUAGAACUUCUGCAGGCUCGGUGCAUUCCUACUGAAGUUACUUAUGCACUUAUGCUGAGGGCUUACUGUGCAUCUGGAUUGUUUGCAAAAGCUGAAGCUGUCUUCUUUGAGAUGAGAAAAUGUGGCCUUCCCCCAAGUUCCGUUGUAUACAAUGCUUAUAUCGAAGGACUGAUAAAAGGAGGAAACAGCAAAAAAGCUAUUGAGCUAUACCGGAGGAUGAAACAGGAACGCUGUGAGCCAACUACUGAUACUUACACUAUGUUAAUCAAUUUAUAUGGAAAGGCAAAUAAAUCGUAUAUGUCCCUGAAAGUGUUCAAUGAGAUGAGAACUCAAAAGAUCAAGCCAAAUAUCUGCACUUACACUGCACUAACCAAUGCAUUCGCAAGGGAUGGACAAUGUGAAAAAGCAGAAGAAACAUUUGAGUUGCUGCAAGAAGCUGGUCUCGAGCCUGAUGUUUAUGCUUAUAACGCCCUGAUGGAAGCUUACAGCCGCGCAGGAUUCCCUUAUGGUGCAGCAGAAAUAUUUUCGCUUAUGCAGCACAUGGGAUGUGAGCCAGAUAGAGCUUCAUAUAACAUCAUGGUAGAUGCCUAUGGCAGAGCUGGUCUAGUUGAAGAUGCAGAAGGUGUGUUCAUGCAGCUAAAGCAACUCGGCAUGACUCCAACCAUGAAAUCCUACAUGCUGCUACUUUCUGCCUACGCGAAAGCAGGGAACAUUUCCAAGAGCGAAGAAUUUGUAAACGAGAUGAUCGAUUCAGGUGUUAAACCAGAUACAUAUGUCAUGAACAGCAUGCUGAAUCUGUAUGGACGGUUGGGCAAAUUUGAGAAGAUGGAACAAGUUUUAAGUGCAAUGGAAGAUAAACCAAGUGUAGCUGCUGAUAUAAGCACUUAUAAUAUACUGAUAAAUGUAUAUGGACGAGCUGGAUACUUCGAGAAAAUGGAACAGUUGUUCAAUUCACUCGGGGAUAGAAACAUGAAACCUGACGUAGUGACAUGGACAUCGCGUCUAGGAGCUUACUCGAGGAAGAAGCAGUACAAUGUUUGUUUAGAGGUGUUUGAGGAAAUGAUAGAUGCUGGUUGUUUUCCUGAUGGUGGGACUGCUAAAGUUCUUCUUUCGUCUUGUUCGAAUGAAGAUCAGAUAGAACAGGUUACCACAAUUCUUAGAACUAUGCACAAGGAUGUCAACACUGGUAUCAAUAUUGAAGGCAAAUGAAUGCCAUUGUACAGUACAAUUGGAUUUGUUCUUGCAUAAUGUAUAUUGAAAACAUUCACCAUUGUAGUGGAUUGUGUUCCGAUGAGUUUGUUCCAAGCUCAACAACCACUUUUCAUUGAUUUUGUGAUGAAAGCAAUUGUACUGUAACUGUACAAUCAUCAUAUAUAUAGAGGAUGUUGUUUUUUCGCA